AUGUAUUUGAUUUAUAGGAUUCUUAUUCUUUUGGUAUACACAUUUGUAAUAGCGGAGACAUUCACCUAUCAGAGUCAUGGAACCAGUAGAAGACAAGAUGGAGGUAGUAAUAAUGUGUUCCCUGGGAUGGAGGCUGAUCUUAACAAUGAUGGUGACGUUGACAUUCCCCAACAGGCGUCCGCCGGACAGCAACAACAUAAACAGCAGCAACAACAAUUUCGAAGACAACAACAAUUACUGACGAAUAUUAUAUCAAUGUCGAAGUACAGUUAUCUGUUGAAACAGACACAGGCUCUUAAAAGUAAUAAUCAUGUUCUGCGAACAAAUCCAUUGAUAAAUAUACUCCGGAAUGUACUACCCGAAGAUGACAUCGCAAAAGUCCUUGGUGGAACACCAACCGCGAAUCUCCACGAUAUGCCCCAAAGUGAAAAGGCUGAGCUACAGGAUGCAGACGAUGGAAAAGAAGACUUGGAAAAACUUCUUAAUUCAACUAUAGAUGCAGCGCUUGAAUUGUUCUUGAGAUUAGAAUAUGUUAUUACAUCCAUGGAAAACAUCACAACAACAUGCAAGAAUGAUACUCUAGAGUUCUGGUCUGGAUUAGCAGAGGGAAAGCAAUGGGCAUUUGAAAUGUUUGAUGCAUCUGGAAAGCCCGGUGGUGGUAUACUUCAGGGGAACAUCAACUGGUUUGGUAACUACGACCAAUGCUUAGCAAUCCAGUCUGUUGGGCCCAAAUCUGCCUUGUUUAAUGGGAAGUUCUGCACGGCUCUAGUCAGCAUACAAGAUGCGCCUGUAAGUAUUUAUUGGGGUUUGUGCGUACCAAGUUCCUGUUCCGAUGUGGACCUUAAAAUCCUUGAAACAGAUUACUUGGAAGUGUUGGGUUUCAAAGUAAAGGAGUCACAUUGUGAUGAGCAGCAUUCUAUGUGGGAAGACCCAAGUGCCGUAGCUGGAUUCGUUAUUCUCUGUUUCUUCGGUUUCAUCCUCAUCAGUUGCACUCUUAUUGAUAUCAUUGUGCACAAUUUUGGAGCAUACUUCAAACGUAAGCGUCAGUUAGCACACAUGCAGCCAGGAGUAGAUAACCCCGUGUUUACAUUGACGGAAAGUAAUGGCGACUUCGGGAAAAGUGGUAGCUCUGCAGAGCUGAUGAAAAAUGGAAACAGCUUUGGAUCACUACAGAAUGAAUCCCAACAAUCGGUUGCAAAUUCCAAAGGAAAAGAUAUAUUUAUGAAGAUCGUCACAUCGUUCUCUGUAUACACCAAUUUACCCAAAGUCCUUAAUACGUCGCAAGGAAAGGGAACGCUGACCUGUCUGAAUGGAGUAAGGUUCCUUAGUAUGAGUUGGGUAAUUCUGGGACAUACCUACAUUAUGGGAUUCAUUCUUCCGGCGGGACCAACAACGCAAAAUAUAGCACAGGCGUACAAGUGGACCAAGGGUUUCUGGUUUCAAGCUAUUGUAAAUGCUGUCUUCUCAGUCGACACGUUUUUUGUCAUGAGUGGUAUACUGGUGACGUAUUUGUUUUUGAAGCAGUUGGAUAAACUACGUGGAAAAUUGUCAGCAGGAAUGAUGGGCCUAUUCUACUUUCACAGAUUCUGGAGGCUAACUCCCCUCUAUAUGAUGUGUGUGAUGAUAUUUGCAACGGUGUUUCCUUAUAUGGGUAGCGGUCCUUUUUGGAACCGCCAGUUCGAUUCACCGGUUUCUGAGAGCAUACGGCCUCAUAAUUGCCGGGACAAUUGGUGGACAAAUCUACUAUAUAUCAAUAAUAUUGUAAAUACUCGAAGGAUGUGUAUUGGGCAUUCGUGGUAUCUCGCCAAUGACAUGCAGUUCUUCAUCAUAUCUCCCUUAAUCAUUAUUCCAUUAUACAUGUAUCCACUAAUUGGGCUGAUAAUUUGGCUGGUACUAUUUGUUGCCCAAUUUAUUACUACAGGGAUAUUAGAACAUAAGAACUGGAUGAUAGGACAAACUGGCGAAAACCCAGAUAAUUUUGAUUGGCUUUUUGAUUUGUACAUGAAGCCCUACUGUCGUAUUGGGGCCUAUCUCGUGGGUAUGUUGACGGGUUUCAUCCUCUUCCACACGCAUUCUAAGGCGAAAAUUAAAAAGGUAGUUGUAGCUGCCGGGUGGUGCUUAGCAGUGAUAUGUUGCAUGUCUGUUCUUUAUGGCGAAUACAGCAAAUCUCGCGAGAACGGGAUAAGGUGGUCGGGUGACGUUGAGAUACUAUACAAUACCUUAAAGAGGCCUGUUUGGUCAAUAGGGGUCGCUUGGAUGAUGUUUGCAUGCGUCAAUGGAUAUGGAGGCAUUGUGAACACGAUUCUGUCUUGGGGAGGAUGGGUUCCUCUAAGUCGGCUUACAUUCGCUGCCUAUCUUAUCCACCCCACAAUGAUGUGGAUAUACGUUUAUAACAGACGGACGCCUAUAUUUGCCACGCAAUAUACCAUGGUUUAUAUGUUCUUUGGUCAUAUGGUGACCUCUUAUGCCGUCGCACUGGGUUUGACCUUACUAUUCGAAUCCCCAAUGAUGGGCCUGGAGAAGAUAUUUCUACCCAAACCAAGAAAAUAA